UCGGCGCUGCCAGGUGCCUCUCCCGCCCCCCAGAAAAGGAGGGCUGAAGGCAUGCAGAGCUCUGGAAUGGGCUAUGACGACAGCCUCCCGAAUCCCAGCAGCUCGUGUGGGCUGAGGGUGGCGCUGGGCAGGGCAGAAAGGCCGCGGGAACUCCCGUACCCCGGCUACCGCGGGGGGUGGCGGCGCGCCCCUCGCCGUGCGGGCCGUGGGCAGGGCCGCGGCUGAGCCCGGCAGCAGGAGCGGCUCUGCGGCACCCCGGGCGUGCCCUGGGCGAGCCCGCGCCGCGGUAUUUGGGGUGUGUGUUUCUAUGCUUGGUGUUUUGCUUCGGUUUAUUUCCUGUGUGUAGGAAUGCAUUCUGGAUGAGGCAACGGGACAGCUGGCAGCUGGUUGGAAAAUAACCUGUUGAGGUGCUGCCAGGGAACAGCUUUGCCGUGCAAGAAUUCCCCCUGCAGCGCUUCCACCCGGGCAGGCCUGCCCGCUCCCGGCUGUUGGCGGCAGUUUGGCUGUGCCAGCCCCGGGCCAGCGGCUGCUGCUGCUGGGGAAGCCUGUCCCACCUUAGGGAACGGCACCACACAGGUCCCUGCAUGGGGUGCCAGCGUGGCGCCUAAAGAUGCCGAAGUCUGUAGGUUUUCACUCCGAAGCAUUCCGUGAACGGGGACCUGCACGAAGGAGGAGGAGGAGGCGCAUGCAAAAGAUUCGGUUCAGUUCGGCUUUCCCAGCUUCUCUGUUACCUUCUGGAGCGUGUCCUGCAGUUACCUCUGAGCGCAGCAGCCACAGCACGGGGAUUGAAUUAUCCAUCAGCAAGUGUUCCUAAUAAAGCCAAAGUCAAUAACUCCGCUGUAACUCCACUAUUUUGAGACUCUAUAUAAUAAUGGAUUAUUUGAAACUCCAAAGAAUUUACACAGAAGAGUGACUUAAAAAUAGGAUGCAUUCUACUUAGGAAGAUGGCAUUUGUUUCAGACAGCCCUACAUUGCAAACAGUGAGCAUUGGAUCCUAUGUGUACUUUUAGAAAAAGGCUCACUAGAGGCUGGAAAUCCCUCUCAGCAGAAGCUGAGAACCAGGAAAAGAACAGUCAUUGGAAACUUGAGUAGGAGACAAGCUGAAACAUAAGAGAGUGCACAUCCUAGAAGUGGUAAUGUAAGAAUGCCAGUAUGGUAUCUUUAAACAAGGAAUUGCUCCUUUUUUUGCUACAAGAUGAUUAUGUUUAGGAGUUCAACAUUUGGAACUCUCUCAUGGUUUUUUCCUGCAUCUCCACUGGUGUCUCCAUGGAUUCCUUUUUGGUUGUGUUAGCACUAUGAGAGAGCAGCUGUCUGGCUUCUGCUGGAGAGAGACCUGACAGGGGGUGGAGAUCAAAUCUGGAUGAUCAGGAGUAGUGACCUGUGUGCACAGUGGAAGUCAUUUGCUCCACCCUUUACAUCUAGCCCCUGAAAACUCAUCUUGGAGAUUUUUGUUUCCCACUUCCACAGAAUAUAUUAUUAACUUGGUGGCUGAUUUUUUCCUUUUAUCCCAGUAAGAGAUUUAUUAUGAAGUUCAUUCAUGUUGAGUGAUACCCAUGAUAUAGUUCAAGCUCAAUGUGUUGAGGAAUAGUUCUCACACAGGUGUCUUGGCCUGCAAUCUGCAGAUUGAAAUGCAGAUUGAGCUCCUGGUUGGAGCUCGAGACAAGAGGCCAUGAAUUCCCAGCCUUUGGGAUAACAAAGGACAUGAAGACAGGUGACAGCAGCCAAGUGGAUGGACAACUGAGAGUAACAGCCGGUGACUGCCGACCUUUUGGAUAAGGCGACGCCAGUGCGAUGGAUGAACAGAGCGGGAAGGCGGGAGAAGACGAGAAGGAAGAGCGGGACUGAGGCGCGGGCCGGCGCUGCGGGAAACGAAAGUGGGUGGGGUCUGCGCGCCGGGCCGGGUCGGCUGCAGGAGCGUCCGCGGGUCCCGGAGCGUCGGCAGCGGCUCGGAGCCUCUAUUGAAGAUUGUGUCAAAAUGGAUCGUGAGUAUAUGGCGAAGGUCAACUCUUACGGUCAAAAAAAUAAUUAUACAGUGGCUUAUGAACUCGUCGCCAAAAGGGGCCCACCUCAUGAUCCUGAGUUCACAGUUGUUGUCAUAGUAAAAGGUGAGGAAUAUGGUAGUGGCACUGGUAAAAGUAUGAAAGCAGCAAAAGAAGCAGCAGCAAAAAAAGCAUGGAAAAAGAUUGAGGAAGAGGAGAAGAGUUCAUCAAAUAUGGCAGCUGCAGAUUUAACAACAGCUCAAACAACCUCAACAACCUCAUCACCUGCGCCAGACAAGAAUUAUGUCUGCCUGUUAAAUAGUAUUUCACAAAGGACAGGUUACACAGUUGGUUAUACUACCCAAAAUUGUAUUGGAGAUCCCCAUGCUCCCACGUAUUCUGUUAGCUGUACAAUUAGGGGUCAAUUGUAUGGAAAGGGCACUGGACCUUCCAAAGCUGCUGCAAAAAAAGCUGCUGCAAAGGAAGCAUAUGAGAAGUGGGAACUCGAAAGAGCUAAUAACAGCAAUUCCUCUCAAGUGUCAGCUGAGUCUGACUCAGAUAAAAACACCGUUCGCUUUGCUGACUCAUCUGCAAAGUUGGAAGAAAAAAUGAAGGACAUGGCAGUAUGUGAAAAGCCUUCACCUUCUCAGAGAAAUGCACAAAGGUAUGUCUCGGAGACCAAAAGAAAAUUGGCAGCUAAUUUUGCUAUUGUAAGAAACAAGGAAGAGGAAAAAAAUAUGUCAGAUUCCAGUGAAGGUUUGCCAGAUGUGGACACAAAUACUGGAAAAGAGAAUGGGAGUCCAUGCACUGUCAAUAAAACAUUUCUUGAACUUUUUGAAAAAAUCCAGCAUAUUGGUGCAGGUGGUUUUGGGAAUGUUUUCAAGGCAACAUCGAAGUGUGAUAAGACAACCUAUGCAAUCAAACGAGUUGAAUACACAGAGAAAGUGGAGCGUGAAGCACGAGGGCUGGCAAGACUUUCACAUGAGAACAUAGUGCGCUAUCAUUGCAGCUGGAGAGGGUACGACCGUAUCAAGGGCUCAGGCCCAAGACAGAAUUCAGACCAAGAAAUUUGCUGUCUUUUCAUCCAAAUGGAAUUCUGUGAACAAGGGACAUUGGAAGACUGGGUUAUAAAAAAUAGCGAAGACCGAAAGUAUCAUGAAAUGGCACAAAACAAAUUUUUACAAAUAGCGAAAGGAGUGCAAUGUAUUCAUUCUGAAGAGUUAAUUCAUCGAGACCUCAAGCCUCAGAAUAUAUUCAUAUCACAUGAUAAUAAAAUAAAAAUAGGCGACUUUGGUCUUGUGACUUCUGUGGCAUUUGAGACUCUGACUGAGAACAGAGGAACGAGAUCGUAUAUGGCACCAGAACAGAUUGGGACCAAAUACGGAAGGGAAGUAGAUAUUUAUGCUUUGGGAUUAAUUUGGUUUGAAAUUCUUUCGGCAAUCACUGCUCAUGAAAAAAGUAAGGUAUGGUCUUCUGCUAGGGAAGGUGAACUUCCAGAGUACUUCAAAAAUCAAUUUCCAGCAGAGGCAUCCAUAAUCAAAAAGAUGCUUUCAAGAGAUCCUUCUGGAAGAAUCACUAUAUCUCAUCUACUUGACCUUCUUAAUUCUGUUGAUAAAGAGAAGGCACUUAGAAAUUAUUCUUAUUGAAUGUCCCUUCACGCUG